AUGAAUCGGUCUGUGCUCACAGUUGGGCCAGCCAUGGACAUGCCGAUCAUGCACGACAGCGAUCGGUACGAGCUGGUUCGGGAUAUUGGGUCGGGAAAUUUCGGGGUUGCACGGCUUAUGAGGGACAAGCAGACUGGUGAGCUUGUUGCUGUGAAAUACAUAGAGAGAGGUGAGAAGAUAGAUGAAAAUGUACAAAGAGAAAUUAUAAACCACAGGUCAUUGAGGCAUCCGAACAUUGUCCGGUUCAAAGAGGUAAUAUUAACACCCACUCAUCUGGCUAUUGUGAUGGAAUAUGCAUCUGGGGGAGAGCUCUUUGAGCGUAUAUGCAACGCUGGGCGUUUCAGUGAGGAUGAGGCGCGUUUCUUCUUCCAGCAACUUAUAUCAGGAGUCAGUUACUGUCAUGCAAUGCAAGUGUGCCACCGGGACUUGAAGUUGGAGAACACAUUGUUAGAUGGAAGUCCAGCUCCUCGUUUAAAAAUAUGUGACUUUGGCUACUCUAAGUCCUCAGUGCUGCAUUCACAACCAAAAUCGACCGUGGGCACCCCUGCAUAUAUUGCACCUGAGGUGUUACUCAAGAAAGAAUAUGAUGGAAAGAUUGCAGAUGUAUGGUCUUGUGGGGUGACCUUAUACGUCAUGUUGGUGGGUGCAUAUCCAUUUGAAGAUCCUGGGGAGCCUAAAAACUUCCGCAAGACAAUACACCGGAUAACGAAUGUCCAGUACUCUAUUCCUGACUAUGUUCAUAUAUCUCCGGAGUGCCGCCAUCUAAUAUCAAGGAUUUUCGUAGCUGAGCCCGAGAAGAGGAUAACCAUCCCUGAGAUCAGGAACCACGAAUGGUUUCUAAAGAACCUUCCAGCAGAUCUCAUGGUUGAAAACACCAUGAACAACCAGUUUGAAGAGCCGGAUCAACCCAUGCAAAGCCUUGAUGAGAUUAUGCAGAUAAUUGCCGAGGCUACAAUACCUGCGGCCGGGGCCAACAGUCUCAACCAGUAUCUUGCUGGCAGCCUGGACAUAGAUAACAUGGAGGAGGACCUCGAGUCUGAUCCCGACAUUGACAUUGACAGCAGCGGAGAGAUAGUCUAUGCAAUUUAA